CCUAGUUUACACGUUUUCUAAUAACGAGAAUGUCAUCCGAAAUUGAUAUUCAAGUUAUACAAAACACUCAAGACGUAUUGGGGAAGUACAUAAAAAAACCGGCGUUAACCGAAAAGUUACUGCGAAAGCCUCCUUUCAGAUUUUUACACGAUGUCAUAACAAACGUUGUUAGAGAGACGGGAUUUUUAAAAGGGCUCUACAGCGAACGAGAGUUGGUCUCCGAAAAUGUCAAGGAGAAGGACGACAAGAUCGCCUUCUUGAAUAAAGUUAUUGAGGCUACAAAGGUAAUAACUGGUAUGGAUUUGGCUGUGAGACCGUCUAAAGUGAUUGCUGGCUUUGAGCCUAAUGAAACUAACUUGCUACUGCAAGCAAUUGGAAGUGCCUUAGAUAAGCAACUAAGUAGUUCAGAGUAUAUUAAUCAAUUAAAUGCGAAAAAGCAGGGAACUAAGGAAUCGGAGAAGAAACCUAAACCUAGCAAAAGUAAGGAAAAGAAUUUAAAAAAUAGUAAAGAAAAGGAAAAUACUACAAAAACUAGUAAGUUACCUGUUAACCAAAAAACACCAGAUACAAAAUUAGGUAAUAAAAAAUCCUCAAAUAAAGGUUCAAAAAUACCUGUUGGAACUGAACCGAAACCGGGCAAGAUGGUUAAAUCAAAAGGAAACUUAGUGUUACCAGAUGACAAUGGCACUGUGAAGAAAAGCAGUUUGUCUCAGAUGAAUUUCGAAAAUGAAUCUCGCCCUAUUGUAGAGAAUGUACCGUCACUUGCAACCCGCACCGGUACCGAUGAAACUACACCAAAAUUAACUAACAGUGAUGUUGUAGACCAUUCCACCGUAGCAAUCGAAGAAACUAAAAAUGUGAGUGAUGAAAACAAUCAGUUUACUUUGCCUGAAACAGCUGAUGCGUUUGAAAUCGGGAAUGUAAAGGAAACUGAAGCUUCAAUUUUUAAAGAAAUAGAGAUCAAGCCUAAGCUACCAAUAAGUCGACCUAAAAGUAGCCUUAGACCGCCUAGUGCACGACCGUCCAGCGCUCGACCAGGUGCUCCCAGAUUGCAAAGAAGCGAUUCCAUGUUAAUAAAGGAGAAAGAGGUCUUGCCACUUGGAAAAGUUGAAAUCAUCGACGAAAACUCAUCCAAUACUUAUAUUGACGAGGAAGAGACUGUAACAAUUGAAGCUACCCCAGAGGUGGAAUAUCAGGCACCUGUGCUCGACCUUCCUACAGAUAAAGGUCAUCUAGUGGAACAAAUUUUGCAACAAAUAAAUAGCAGUGAUGUAGAACCUAUAAAAAGUAAUGUAAAUGUCGAAUGGGAACAAGCAGGAAUGAGAAAUAGAAACAGUGCCUUAAAGGAAGUGGACCAAUUAAAAGGUGCCAUUCAAGACUUAACAAAAAUGGUCAAUCCACUAGGGAAACUUAUCAAUUAUUUGCACGAAGAUAUAGAAGCAAUGUAUAGUGAGUUAGAUAUGUGGAAUAAUUCAGUUAGACAAAUUAUGAUUGAUGUCGUCAAUCAAAAAAAAAAGAGGGAUGAAUCAAACGUGCCAUUGCAAAUGAAGCUUAAUGAAAUUGAAGAGAAUAUAGUUAAACAUCAGCAACAAAUUAUAUCAACAUAUAGUAAUAUAAUGAGAAAUGAAGAAAGAAUCCAAGAUUUGUUAGUGAAAUAAUGAGUAGCGAACUUAGUAGAUUAAACACCAAUGUGUGUCUUUUUCAAUAUUUUGAAACUCACAGUGUCGUUUUUAUAUUAUAAAGUUUGUACAUUUCAUUUUAAAUAAAGUUAAUAAUUUU